GCCAGCAAUAACUGACAGCAGUGUGUGUGUGUGUGUGUUGGGGGGAGGGGGGGGGGGGGGCGGUUGAGGGUCAUAUUUAGCUGUCAUGGCGGUCUCCAUUGCCAAACGCCGAACCCUCCAACUGACCAACGUCUUCGAGAACCGCGAGAGCAACUACAACUUCGGUUACGCGAAGAGAUUGAAUGAUGGGAGAGGAAUUGCUUUCGGUUGCCUUCGGUGGAGGAGUGCUUUCGGGGAUGGGUUGUGUGUGAUUCGCCGCUACGCAGCCGCGAAGCCUGGCGUUCCUCUGGCGCGCUAUAUUCCGGCCUUGGAGGCAAUCAAGCGAGGUCGGGAUCCCAGCUCCACUGCCGGACUAGACGGCUUCGAAGACUGCGUUGCCCAGGCUGCCAGUCGCGAUCCCAUUUUCCGCUCAGUCCAGCUCGACGAAGUUGAUGAGGUCUAUUGGCUCCCCUCUCAGGCUCGGGCUCGCUCCCUCGGCUUGCAAUACGAUUUGACCAAAAGCCUGGUGUUCGACUCCUGGGUGCAGCACGGCGUAGAGGACAAACCCUCUCGCAUUGCCCUCGGUACCAUUACCAUCAUCGAGAUGACCAACAGUUCCAAAGGUGCGGAGGAGGAGGAGGGAGGUAAAGACGACAUUCAGCAGGAGGAGAAAUCGGAAGAAGGAAGGCAUAUGAGGAGGAGGAGGAGAAGGCGGAAGGAAGAGGAGGAGGAGGAGGAGGAGGGCCAGAAGGCGAAGGAAGAGGAGCAGGGGGGAGAAAACGGAGAAGGUGAGGAGGAGGAGAAGGAGGAGGAGGAGGAGGAGGAGGGAGGUAAAGGGAACAUUCCGGAGGAGGAGAAACCGAAGAAGACUAGUGGACAUGGUGAGGAGGAGGAGGAGGAGGAGGAGGAGGAGAGAGGUAAAGUUGACAUUGAGGAGGAGGAGAAGGAGGAGGGAGGUAAAGAUGACAUUCAGGAGGAGGAGGAGGAGGCAGAUGUGGAGAUCGUUCAUGCUUUGUUGAUCAUGUGGUGAGCUCGUCGUUAAGUAGUUGAUUCCAAC